AGAGUAUCUUAAAUUCCACUGCACCCAAAGUGCCAUGACGAACGGGGGAAUACCUAUUAAAUUUCACUGUCAAGUUCAACCCAUUUUCUGAGGAUGGUUAUCCUAUAGGGCUGUAGGGGAGCGUGUAAAGAGAACAAAAGAGAAGAACUGAACUAAUACGAUACUUAAUUUCGGUUGGCAGUGGUGGGCUGACGACCACUUAGCACGUGCGCUCCCACGCAGUUGCACUCUGAAAUUCCACCCAAGGUCGCCUUCCCGCCUGUCGCUUUCUUGGUACUGAGACCUCAAAUUGAAUGGCUACAGAGAUGUAGCGAUCUCGUACCUUUGGAGCAGCUCUUGCGGUGCGAGCGGUAAAAUGCGUAAAUGACUUAACUGUAAAAUACAGAUGUUCCGUUUUUUUGGACUGUGAUGAUUCUGACUUUCCACUUCCUGAUUAGUGUUACAAGUCAUUCGGUGUUCUCCUGAAACUGGUGUUGGCAAUUGCUCGAUCAUUUCUCGGCAACUUCUCCGCACAACUGGGACUGGAUCAGCUGCAUCAGAACUUGGAGUGGCGCGUUCGAAGCUGCAUGCGCUGUUGAAUGAAAGAGAACUAAACUACCAAGAGCAAUUCCUCAACUCUGCACAUUUGUUUGAUUUCAGAAGUGUUUUUUACUUAUUUAUGAUAUUGAUUAAUUUUUUUAAGAAUACGAAUAUUAUUUUUAGACCAACGCGCUUAACGCUCUUGGAGCCUUGAUCGGGAGCUUGGAAUGGACUCCACAAAGAUGAAUUUGGACCGGAGCCCUCUGCCUCCCAAGACAAACUCUCUCCAUUCCGUGGGUUUACCUGCCUGCUCACCCAAACGGCGCUUCAUAAAGCUGGGGAGAAAACCAAGUGAUGGCUCUUCACAGUCAGGCUCCUCUGGUUCCAGUACCAGGUCAGCUGACAGUGUGGGCGUGGACGUCAUCAGACAGCCAUCCAGGAGUCGCAUCCGCCGUCAUACCAACCGCUUGUCUGCUGUGUUCCAGCGAGGCUCCGCCCAGAACGCCACCGCUAUGGCCUUACCCGGGUUACCUGGCUUACCUAGCCACGCUUGGAAGGAGUCGAAUGACAGAAUUUCUCCCGGGGAUGCACCAAUGACAGACGACCCUGCGGAGCUGUCCAAUCAGAUAACGGCCCCAGGCAUUCUGAAGAUCUUUGGCAGUGAGAUCUGCCAGGGGGCCAACUACAAGAGCGUCCUGGCAACAACACACUCCAGUGCUAAGGAGCUGGUCAAAGAGGCACUGGAGAGGUACGGUCUGAACAAGGAAGAGGCAGAGUCAUAUGUUCUCUGCGACUCCAUUGGCUACGUGGGCGACCACCAGUGGAAGACGGAAUGCUUCCGGGUCGUCGGUGACAACGAGAAGCCCCUCCUCCUGCAGUCACUAUGGAAACCCAGGGAGGGUUUGGCGAGGCGGUUUGAGAUCCAGAGGAAAGCCAGUGUGGAGGAAAAGAGCUCAAGAGACAAGGACACGGUCACUGCUGGCAUUAACGCCCAGGCUCGUAAACUCCAGAAGAGCCGCUCUCGAGUCACCUCUGCCCUGAUCGAGAGGAGGAGUGUGCAUGUGACCUCUACCCUAGAGAGGGGUGUGUGUGGGGCUCGGAACCAAAAGGACAGGGGUGGGAGGGUAUGUGGGGACCAGAACAAGUCUGAACGGGGGCCAGGUCUGUGGAGGAGCCAGAGUGAAGCAGACCUCUCAUCCCAGUCCACAGAAACACAACAGAAACACCAACAGAACCCCACUGAGCCCCAUAGUCAGAACCCCAAUGAGUUCCACACUCCCAGUCAAGACGAGAACCACAAUCAGUGUCACAGUCAGGACCAUGAACAGAAUGUGGAACGAAAUCACAAAUUGAACCCCGAUAAGAACCUCAAACAGAGAGUUGAAGAGAGCUACGUUGACGCCAGUGUUUCCCCUCUGGAGGACCCUGGAUCAGAGACUUACACAGAGCCCCUCUGUCCUUCCCCUGAGAUGGAGAGAGAGAGGGAGGAGACAGAGAGCAGUGACGAUAACGUAACACUUUACUCCAUUCACCCUCCCCAAGACUGCCCCUACCUACUGCUGCUACAGGGCUACUGCAACAGACAGGACUUCGUCAUCUACCUGCUGAACGGUUCAAGCACUUUGAUUGGUCGAUGUAGUGGCGAAGACAAGGAGAGGUCAAAGGUUGACUUCCCGCUCUCUGCCCCCGACAUCCUGCCUCUUCACUGCUGCCUAUGUCGUUAUGACAACAACGAUAAAGGUUGUUCCACCGUCCGCCUCCGUCCCUUCCACAGUGCUAUGGUAACACGGAACGGGGAGACGUUGUCCAAAGAGGCAGGCCUUAGUCCAGGUGAUGUCAUCGGGAUGGGACGUCACUACCUAUUCUUGUUCAAGGAACCCACUGCCUGGGUUGUUAUGCAGAAGGUGAAGGACCCCACUUCUUCUCCCGAUCCUACAGUUACUGCUGCUCCCGGGGUUCUGCCCCAGGCCACUACACUCGCUACUAGUGAACCAGCACUCUGCAACACCUGUAUCUCAGCUAGGAGGGAAUCUAGUGGGACCAGAGAAAUAAGGUCUAGAAGGGCCACAGCUUGCCUUAAAAACCCUGAGGGUCGCGACCUGAACCUACUCUACGUUGUGGAGCACGAGGAUGCCGUCGUCAAGGAAAUCAUUGCCAUGGGGAGUGUCCAUAGAGACAAGCCGCCGUUGACUGUAGCAUUCCUGCUGAGUGUGUGUGUCGAACAUUCCGCCACACACCUCCAAACCUCAGACCUCCGCAGACUACUGCUGCUCAUAGCGAGCCAGCUCCAGAAUGCCAUGUGGGAACACACCAAGGAGCUUGCUGCUAAUCAACCAGAAGUUCUCUGUAGUGACCCAGAGGAGCAGCAGACUCUCAACCUGGCAGAACUGGUCUCAGGCCUGCGUACCCUGGUGGUCUGGAUGUCCAACGCCCUGGAGCUGCUGUAUUACAUCCAACAACAGAUGCCCCAAACACUGGCCUGGAGGUCACACAUGGAACAAGGGGUGGAGGCAGAGGGAGAGGAACACAAUGACAAGGGGGAUGAAGAGAGGGAGGAGGAGAGUAUGGCCCUGUUGGAGAUAAGGCUGUCGUGUGUGAGGUCGGCCAGUGAAGAAGCCAUGACGGUUCUGGAGGAAGUUAUCAUGUUGACCUUUCAGCAGUGUGUCUACUACCUCACCAAGACUCUGUACCCAAUUCUGCCUAGUUUGCUGGACAGUGACCCAUUCAGGGGGAGCAGUGGGCUGCUUCUCCCCGAGCAAAAUGAGACGUUCCUGGAUAGCAGUGGUGUGCAGGUCCCUGGAGAGACAGACCAGGUUCUGGAGGUCCUGACAGAGACCAGCAGACUGCUACAGGACUGUCAGCUCCACCAUGAGAUCUCCUCUCAGCUCCUGGCCUAUCUCUUCUACUUCAUCAAUGCUUCACUGUUCAACACACUCAUGGAGAGAGGUUCAGAGGAUGAAUUCUACCAGUGGUCCAGAGGGGUCCAUAUCAGCGCUAACCUAGACCUGCUACUGGACUGGGCCCAAGGAUCUGGAUCUGGACUGGGUGACUUAGUUGUGGAACAUCUCCACACACUCUCCUCUGCUGUCAACCUACUGGCCACUCCAAGGGAACAACUAAUGCAGUCCUCCUGGGAGUCCCUGCGGUGUGCGUUCCCCAGUCUGAGUCCAGCCCAGCUCCACCACCUGCUGAGAGGCUACAGCCCAGCCACACCCUGGCCCCCACACUGGGCCCCUUCUGAUGAGGAUCAACUAGCUACACAGAACACCGCUGAUAUCCUGGAGAGUUUUGACAGCCACCCUCCCCUGGUGCUGCCCAGCUCUGGUUUCAGCCUGGGGCUCGGGGAAGAGGUGACAGACUCAGGUCUGGCUGGACAGCUCAGGAGGCUUCAGGAGUUUAUCAGCAACCUGUCUGUCAAAGAGUCACCAGGGAACUUCAGUCAUAUGCACACGCAACAGGAUUAUGCUGUUCCCACGGAAGCCAAGCUGACAAAAAUGGCAACUCUCCCAAAGGCCUCCCUGGAGUCUCUCAAAUCCCCCCCCGUAGAGAAGGUCCUACCUCUGGCCUCUCUCCCCAGCCCCUCUCCCCCAUCACCCCCCUCUCAAUUAUCUACGCCCUUUCCCCCCCAGCAAAGCCCUUCUCCCCCAAGUGAUUUGAACUCUUGUGGGGCCCUACUGACCCAGAAGCUGAAGAGCCUGGAGCUCCAGUUCAGAGAGACAGACCUAAGCCCCCUCACCCAGAGGAGGUCUGCCCUGGACCCCUCCUGCCUCCUCACCCCUCCUAACACCCCCCACAGCCUGGAGCUGGUUGAACCAGAGACUGAGCAUCAGGAGGAUGAAGAGGUGUUUACUCUAGAGCUACAGAGAGGAGAUAGAGGACUGGGAUUGGCUCUGGUGGAUGCAAGGGACCAAUGGAAGGCAAACAACAAUAUGAGCGAGUAACCAUCCCAUCUGUCAUGCAGGGUUGAGUGGCCAAGCCCACGUGUCCUUACGACCAAGAGAAAGGAGUGAUUUUAUCAUCAACGUCCUCUUUGGUCAUGACUGUCUUGUUUGUUCAUGACUGUCUUGUUUGUUCAUGACUGUCUUGUGUGCAACCCUAGACACAGUUUGUGUUUUCCUACAGUACGUGUUUGUUCAAAAACUGACGUGUUACCAACUGCACACAUGAGAACCUAUGCGGAAUGUAAGCAUGUUUUCACACAGGCAAUUUGCUAUGGUGGCCAAGGGUUUCACAAUGUUUCAAAUGGCAAAUUGAAUCCAGUAGGUUACUGUGACAUGUUUUGAGGCAUUAAAAUGUUUCAUUUGUUAUUUGCUGCCAGCUUAUCUGGCCACAGUUUGUCAUCCAUUGUUCCUAUGCCAGGUAACUUUAGCAUAGUACAUUUUACUAUAAGUAAAAUAAGCCCUCAUGCAGUUUAUCAGUACAGACUGCAAAUCUUACCCUUACUCCGGCUGUUGUUGUUUUUUGAAAUUGUUCCAGUUUAUCUGAAACGUGUACAUUGAAUGGGCAAGUCAAGGAAAGUUAAAUUGGUCUAUGGCUGGAUUUAGAAUUCAAAGGGAAUGCUAUACGUAAGCAUCAAAAAAUGUCAUUUUUCUAAUUAAUAGUCUGUAUGGGCUAUCAGACCCUAGAUGUUAUGUAUUAGUACAUUUAAUGCUGACUUGAAGUUAACAUUUUAAACAGAGUGCAUCCUGUGAGAAUCCAGUGCUCUGCAUAUUUAGCCCAAAAAUGUGUAUGUUAAAUACAAGCUGUCAUUUCACCUCUAGACUCCUGAUGUCUUUAAUUGCCAAAUAAUUCUCCAAUAGUAAUGAAAAUUCUACAAGUAUACAUUGGAAUUUUUUUAUGCAAUAAUAUUCAACAAACUGGACAAGUUAUGUAAGUUUUGGCUGCUACGUAAAGGGAAAGGGGGAUACUAGUCAGUUGUAUAACUGAAUGCAUUCAACUGAAAUGUGUCUUCCGCAUUUAACCCAACCCCUCUGAAUCAGAGAGGUGCGGAGGGCUGCCUUAAUUGACAUCCACAUCUUCGAGAACAGUGUACAAGUACAUAUAAAGUUUACUCAAGUUUAAAAUGUUAAAGCAUCGUAUGUGGGAAUGCACUGCAUAUUAAGCCUCAGAAAUACUUAUGUUAAAUACAAGAUAUCAUUACACUUGUCUACUGAUGGUCUGAGCCAAUGUAGACUUGUAGAAUGUGUCAUUAUUACUAUUAGAAAUCAAUUUGGCAAGGAAAGAAACUAAUCCAUACUAAAGGGACACUACUUUGAUGCUAAUAACACUUUCAACAAACUGGGCAGAUGUUACGUAAAUAUCAGCUGCUAUGUAUAAGCACAUUGACUUGACUCAUUUAAAAUGUUAAACAACAAAGCAUGAGAGAAUUCAGUAUACGGCAUAUUCAGCCUCAGAAUUUCAUGUUACGUACAAGAUAUUACACUUGUCUACUGGUGACUUGUAUUUUUCAUGCCAAAUGAAUCUUCAAUAGUAAUGAGUUCUGAAAGUCUACAUUGGAUUGGGUCUAAUAAAACGUCUGAAUCUUUAAA